AUAUUGCUACAAUCCCUCUACAGUGUGGGUCAUGGAAGUCUGGUCAAAAGGUGAUCAGUGUGAACUGUACGUUGCUUUUAAGUAAAUUCUCGCGCCAGUGUGAAACCCUGUGUGAUUACAUCUCUUCCUGCGAGUCUUUCCUUCUCCCCGCCACCCAUCGGUGUGUCAGGUAUGGAGAUCCCCGGGCCUGGCAAGGGAGACACACGGGAAACACAUAGGGAAGGACCCUCACCAUGCCUGCCACGCAAGACCGUGUGGCGCGUCAGUGAUAUAUGUACCUGUGAAGACCACAACUGAGUAUAUUUUGCCUGCAAUACAAUUCCAUUUGUUCCUGUGGACCACCAGAAGUCCAGAUAGGACACGCCUCCCUGGUCACCGCUCCGGGCCACGCCCACUGACUCCGCCCUUUGCUGUGUACACGUGUAGUGAUGGAUUUGUACGAUGUGACUGGAAGUAACACCACGACAUGCCAAUCAGCAAACUGGUCGCAACUGUCCCUUGUCUGUCAGGAAAUAAUAUGCACCUCAACCCCGUGGAUUAUUCCAAAUGCAACCCAAGGAACAGUCACAUCCAACAAGUAUGCUGCUACCAUCACAUACACGUGCCUGGACGGUUACCGCAGCAUCGCAGGGAAUUCAACCAGUUACUGCCAGGAGACGGGAGAAUGGUCAACACCAACACUUCAGUGUGAAGAGAUUAACUGUAAUCUCCCCAUAUGGCUUAUUCCAAACACGACAUCGACCAGCGUCUUGUCGUCCCAAUAUGGUGCCACUGUUACGUACAGCUGUGCUGUUGGCUACACCUACGUAGCAGGAAAUGAUACAAGUUAUUGCCAACAAAACGCGGAAUGGUCGAAACCAACAAUUACGUGUCAAGUGACUCAAUGCAUCGGGGACCCUCCCGCCUUCCAAAACACGACCAUGAACAUGACGUCAUCAAACUAUGCCGACAUCGUCACCUAUUCAUGUGUAGAUGGGUACAAGUAUACUGGAGGGAAGGAAACAAGUGUGUGUCAAGCAUCUGGCACGUGGAGUGUAGCUACUAUAAUCUGUGAAGAAAUAUUAUGCACCUCAACCCCGUGGAUUAUUCCAAAUGCAACCCAAGGAACAGUCACAUCCAACAAGUAUGCUGCUACCAUCACAUACACGUGCCUGGACGGUUACCGCAGCAUCGCAGGGAAUUCAACCAGUUACUGCCAGGAGAUGGGAGAAUGGUCAACACCAACACUACAGUGUGAAGAAGACUUGAACAAGACUGGCCGUUGCAUACACCGUCAGUGCGCCAGCUCGGAACUAUUGGUCGAACUUGUGUCUGACUCGGUGUUUAAGAGAGAGGCAGCAAGUCCAGCGUAUGAUGUCAUUGUUAAAAUAUUACGGAGAUCUAGAAGGAGCUGGGCUCCACUGAAGAAAGACUGUCCAAGCGGGAAAGAAUGGAUUCAGGUGCAGUUUGCGGAGUCCCUGUACAUACAUCGUGUGGACAUCUACGAGACUAACGUCGCCGGGUUGGUGAAGACUGUGUCGGUGGGGAAGAACAACGGUACAUGGAGCAGUGUUUGGACAGCUUCGUCAGUGUCAGUGAUUACACACAGCAGAAUCUUCUCUCCAGAAUUCACGACGCCGAUAUUCUCGUCCGACCGAGUCAUGAUUGAAACAGAUUGUGCCCUGUCUUCAAAAUGGGUGGAAUUCGAUUCCAUCAAGAUAUUUGGACUCAAAUCCCCACCGCAGACCUCACGAUAAUCAGACUUCUCGAGAGCUCGGCAUUUACAAUUCCAUUUGGAUGUAUGGAUUUACUGACAAGUCUGUUAUUGAACUGUUGAGCGUGGUCGAUAUGUAUGGUAAGAGGAACAUCUAUGUCAGGCCCGUGUUAAGUUGUUUUAUUGAACACAUAAACUUAAAGCAAUU